AUGACUAAUCCAAUUACUCGAAGCAACAAGGAAAAGGAGCUGAUCGACUUGGACAACCAGACACUAGCACGUUUGGAGCAAACAAACAGGAAAGCAAACAAACCUGUUAAGAUGGUUGCUCCAUUGGUGCUGAUUCAAGGUGAAGAUGGUCUGCUGUAUGAUGCAGAGGGUAACAUGCGAAAUGAAGAAGGACAGCGACUUGCUGAUGAUGGCGCUGUGAUUGAGGAACAAGUUGUACCACCAGUUGCGCAUAAUGCACAACACACCGCUGGGAUUGCUGCUGGGCGUUUUAAACAGAGGACCCUUAGAGAUUACAACAGGCCUGAUCAGUUCUAUGCAAAUAGAGCUGCAAUUCGCCCUCCUGCAUUUCAGAGGAAUGAUUUCGGGCUGAAGCCUGCUUACUACCAACAUGUGGGUCAGCAUCCCUUUCAUGGUCUUCCACAUGAGCAUCCCAUGGAUCACAUAGAGAGGUUUGAGGAUUUGGCGACGAGCAUCAAGGCCAAUGGAGUCAGUAAUGAUUUUUUGUUCUGGAAGCUGUUUCCUUACUCUCUUAGUGGAGAUGCAGUUUACUGA